GCUGAGGUAAGAGGUGCUCAACAACAUGAGGAAGUAGCACCAGACCACCACCAACAACACGUGAUCUGCUUCUCCUCUCAACCGUUACACAUUACGUUAGGCAACCUGCCAUACAAAGGAGACAUAAAAGAGCAUCAAUAACGACAAUGGCAGACCCCGGAGUGCCAGUGCCAGAAGUACUAAUUCCCCACCUGCAGCGUACACCUUCGGACCCACGUCCGGUGGUACUCAUGACAUGCGGUCUAGCAGGUGCCGGUAAAACCACACUCGUAAAGUCGGUCCUCAAAUACCACCCCCAGUUCACGAGGAUAUCUAUCGACGAUAUCAUCUACAAAGCCCAUGGCAUCUAUGGCAUCGACUAUCCGGCCUCAUCGUCUCUGUAUGACCAAUACAUGAGUGAAGCAAAUGCGGUCUACUUGGGCACAUUCCGGAAGCUUCUGGCUGAGGGCAAGGAUAUCGCGUUCGAGCGCUCAUGUUAUGCCAAGGAAGAUAGGAAUGAGUGGCGCAAGAUAGCUGAAGAUGGUGGGGGUAGAAUAGUCUUCGUGUUUCUGCGAGCUAGGGACAAAGAAAUUCUCUGGACAAGGAUCUGUGCUCGAAACGCUGCUGAGAAGACUGCCGACUCUGCAUUGGACAUCAGCAGAGAGAUCUUUGAGAUGUAUUGGAACGGCUUCGAAAAUCCAGAAGGAGAGGAUGAGAUCGAAAUUGAGGUACUCUAGGGGAGGGUGAGGUGGAACUUGUGCGACACCCAUGGAGGAUGAUAGCUGCGGAAUGUUCAACCUCAGUUUCGCCAUAGGCCAUGAAGGUUGGAAAUGUAUGUGUUUUUUGAUAC